AAACCUGUAUCGAGGUUGCAUUCACUCCUCACUCCUCCGACAGAGACUCCGCCGGGCGACCAACGUCUCUACACGUCUCUCUAGUUACUGUUUAUAUACCAAAGUUUAUUAUUUGUUAUUUACUAGCAAAUCAUGUCUGUACCAGAAUAUUUUGUACUUGAUAAUGGAGACCGCAUGCCCAGAAUCGGAUUUGGAACGUGGCAAACUUCAGAUGAGGUGUUGGAAAAAGCUGUUGAUGCAGCGCUGAAUGCUGGUUACAAACAUAUUGAUACCGCAAGAGCUUAUGAAAAUGAAGCGACUAUAGGUAAAGCACUAAAGCGCUGGAUUGGAGAUGACGAUGACAAAAGGAAAGAUCUUUUCAUAGUCACCAAGUUACCCCCUGGAGGAAAUCGACCGGAGCUUGUUGAAGAGUACUUUCUGGCUUCUUAUAACGAUUUAGGACUAAAAUACAUUGACAUGUAUCUUAUGCAUGUACCGUUUUCUUUUGAACAUGUGCCUGGUGAUCUGCACCCUAAAAACCCUGAUGGAAGCAUGAAGGUUGACCUCACGACAGAUAUCGUUAGUACUUGGAAGGCGAUGCAAAAAUUAAAAGAUUCCGGCAAGGUCCGUCAUUUGGGAGUGUCUAAUAUGAAUGAAGAACAAUUAAAACGCUUGUGUGAAAUAGCAAAACCGGAAUGUCUUCAAGUGGAGGUGCACAUUUUAUGCCAACAAAAACCUCUCAUAUCUGCAGCCAACCGUUUAGGAAUACCUAUUGUAGCUUACUCGCCAUUAGGCUCCAAAGCUCUUGCUGAUAUGCUGGCUACCAAAACUGGGCGGGAGUACCCGAGUCAACUAGACCUGCCGGCAGUGAAAGAAAUAGCCAAGAAACAUAAUCGCACUCCGGCCCAGAUUUUAUUAAGAUACCUAUUGCAGCACGGUGUGGCAGCCAUUCCUAAAAGCACAGACCCUACAAGGAUAAAACAGAACAUCAGUGUAUGGGACUUUGAGCUUAAUGAGGCAGAGUUCAAUGAGCUAAGAAGCUUGGAUCAGGGAGAAGAUGGCCGUAUUUGUGAUUUCGCUUUCUUCCGAGGUGUUGAGAAACAUCCGGAAUUCCCUUUUAAAAAAUAGUGUAUAAACCGUAAUCAUAUAAAUGAACUAUUAAAUAUCAUCCAAAUAUACAA